AUGGAUCUCCCUGUCUUUCCACUUGUCUAUCACAAGAGCAAGGCUGAGAUAUGCACUGAACUUACUCUACGAGAGCAGGAGAAUAAAAGACGUCUCAAGAGGAGUGGUGAUCCUAAUAAGAUAUAUCCAUCAAAUCCACACCAAAUCUACGUGCCCAACUUUGAUGGUGAACCUGUUCCUCAUCCAGGAUCCCUCAGUAAUCCCACUGAUGGGAUGGAGGAAGAGAUAUCAUUCGGAUCUUUGUCUGAUACACAACUGAUCAUCUCCACUCCUGUUCUUCGUGGCUUCUCUCUGAAAGACAAGAUGUGGCUGGAGUUCUUUAUUGAUUGUGUGAAGGAGAUUGUGUGGAAUUCGAAUGCCUUCGAUACUUUGGUCUUGCCACAUGGCCAACAGGAUCUCAAAAGACUUAUUCUUGGCUUUACUCGCGCCCAAUCGAAUAGUCGUGAUAACUUUGAUGAUUUUAUCAAGGGUAAAGGUCGAGGUAUAAUCAUGCUUCUUAAAGGACCUCCUGGAGUGGGUAAAACGCUUACUGCUAAGAGUGUCGCGGAGGUUAUGAAAGUGCCACUUUACACUCUCAGUGCCGUUGACCUUGGAACAACCGUAGGGAAGGUGGAAAGUUCACUCCGGGAUAUCCUGAAAAUGAUUCCUAGAUGGGGUGCCAUCAUCCUACUGGAUGAAGCAGAUGUUUUUAUGGAAGCUCGGGACACCACUGACUUGGCACGAAACGAACUGGUUACUGUUUUCCUACGACUUUUGGAAUACUACGAGGGAAUUCUCUUCUUGACAACCAAUCGUGAAGCAUGCAUCGACCCUGCUUUUGACUCCCGAAUUCAUCUUUCAAUUCGUUACCCAGAACUGACCGGAAAUUCAAGAUGCCAUAUUUGGAGACAAUUCACCAAUGACAAGGGCAUUCAGCGGUUAUCUGAGGCUGAACUCGAGUCAGUCUCCGGUCAGGAUCUUAAUGGCAGAAAGAUCAAAAAUAUAGUAAAGAUUGCGCAUCUGCUAGCUCAGGAGGAGGGAUCGAAAUUAGGCUUCAACCACAUUCGAAUAAUCUUGAAAUUGAGAGAUCAUGAGAAUGCAGGAACCAUCGUCGCAUGA